AUGGCAGAUAAACCUCUCGAAGGUUUUGGCCGUGGAGGUAGAGGUGCAUUAUUAUUGGCAGCGUUGAAAAAUCAACCUCGACGUCCUGGUGAAACAUCUCCAACUACUGAAGCAAGCUCGACUACAGAAACGCCUGCGGAACCAAAACCGCUUGGUCGAGGGGCUUUUCUGCAGUCUCUAAUCUCACAAAGUAGAGGAAAAGUUGUUCCUGCCCAGGAACAACCUAAAGUAGAACCUGAAGUGCCUAAAAUUGCUGGACGUGGACGAGGCUUAGGGCUGAGUAGUAUUUUAGGACGUGGUACACCUAGAGUUCAGGAGCAUGAAACAUCUACAGCAUCUUCAACGUCUGCUGUACCAACAGCUCCUGUUCCACCAACUCCUGCUGCUUCAGAUGACGUGCCUGUGUCUGAGAUGCAAGAACUUACGAUUGGCAAGUAUCGUGGAACCUCUGGUACUCCUUUAGGACUGGAAGUCAACUACGUUCGAUUGAAGGUGCCUUCAGGCAAAGGGAUUCAUGAGUAUUUUGUUAGUUUUGCGCCAGCUGUUGAGAGCAAACGAAUGAAGUUUCGUUGUUUACAUGACCCUCGUGUAAAAGAAAUCAUAGGACAAAUCAAAACAUUUGAUGGCAGUAAACUUUAUCUACCAUUGAAACUGUCGUCAGCAGUUGUCUCUGUAACAGUUAACUUGCCCACUGAUAAUUCUGCCGUCAAUGUGACAAUUAAGUACAUCAAAAAGUGUCAACCAGCAGAUUGUUUACAUUUAUAUAACAUCUUGUUUAAAAAAGUAAUGACAAUACUCAAAAUGACCCAGGUUGGCAGAAACUAUUUUGACCCAAAAGGUGGAAUCCCUGUGCCACAACACAGAUUAGAAAUUUGGCCUGGUUAUGUGACUGCUGUUCAAGAAUACGAAGGUGGUAUCAUGUUGAAUUGUGAUGCAUCUUUUAGAGUUCUCAGGACGGUCACAGCUUAUGAUGUUAUGAAUGAACUUAGCAGACAAACAAGUAAUAUGAGAGAAGUUGUUUUGAAAAACCUUGUUGGAUGUGUAGUUCUUACUCGUUAUAAUAACAAAACAUAUAGAGUUGAUGAUGUAGAAUGGUCCAUGAAUCCUGCCUCAAAGUUUGCAACACAUGAUGGUUCUGAGAUAAGUUUCUUUGAUUAUUACAAAAAAUCUUAUGAUAUACAAAUAAAAGAUAUGAAACAACCUUUGUUAAUAAAUAAAGCAAAAAAGAAGGAUUUACAAGCUGGUGCUGAUCAGAGUGAUAAAAUAAUUUGUCUUGUACCUGAGCUGUGCUUCAUGACAGGGCUCACUGAUGCAAUGCGAAGUGAUUUCAAAGUAAUGAAAGAUGUUGCCGUUUACACACGCAUCACACCUGAACGUCGACAGUUGGCUUUGCAGAAUUUCAUAUCAAAUGUCAAUAAAAAUCCUGAGGCAAAGAAUUGUUUUUCUGCAUGGAAUCUAGAACUAGAUGCAAGCCCUCUCUCAUUAGAGUCUAGACUUUUGAAAUCAGAAAUACUUAAUUUUGGUCGAGGUGCGAAAAUAACAGUGAGUGCAGAAGCAGAUUGGGGUCGACAAGUUACUAAUAACUGUGUUUUAGUGCCAGUAAACUUAGAUAAUUGGGUUAUUGUGUUUACUAAAAGAGAUACACCAAGAGUUAUGGAAUUUACUAAAAUGUUGAAAAAUUGUGCUCCAGCAAUGGGUAUUCAAGUGAGGGAUCCCAUAAAAAUUGAAAUAUUGAAUGACCGUACUGAAACAUAUUGUUCUGCGUUAAAAGAGGCUGUCAAUCCUACUAUACAAAUUGUUGUAAUUAUUUUUCCCACACCAAGAGAUGAUCGUUACAGUGCAAUCAAAAAAUUAUGCUGCAUUGAAAUGCCUGUGCCAUCUCAGGUAAUUAAUUCAAAGACUAUUUCUGAUGCUCGGAAAUUGAGGAGUGUUGUUCAAAAAAUUGCUCUCCAGAUAAAUUGUAAGUUAGGUGGAGAAUUAUGGUCUGUUAAUAUUCCUUUAGAUAACUUUAUGGUUUGUGGUUUAGAUACAUACCAUGACAUGUCUAGAGGGCGUCGAUCAGUCCUUGCUUUUGUGGCGAGUAUAAAUCAAGCUAGAACACGUUGGUUCAGCAUGACAACAAUGCAACAACCAGGACAAGAAAUGGGUGAUUCUCUGAAAAUGUUAUUCAUUGCUUCCAUUCGAAAAUAUUUUGAAGUGAAUCAUAGAUUGCCUGACAAAAUAGUUCUUUUCAGAGAUGGUGUCUCUGAUGGUCAGAUGGAAUUUGUCUCAAAAUAUGAAGUAGAACAACUUGUAUCAUGCUUUAAACAUUUCAGUAAUGACUAUUCGCCAUCUUUGUCUGUUGUCGUCGUACAGAAAAGAAUCAAUACAAGAAUGUAUGCUGUUACAUCUGAUCAAAGAGGGAAAUCAUUGUCAAACCCUCCUCCAGGAUCCAUUUUGGACCACACUGUCACACGUAAAAAGUGGUAUGAUUUUUUCCUUGUCUCUCAACAUGUGAGACAAGGAACUGUAUCACCAACGCAUUAUGUUGUCAUUUACGAUACUAGUGUCAUGAAGCCAGAGCACAUGCAAAAACUUGCUUAUAAAAUGACUCAUUUAUAUUACAAUUGGCCUGGCACUGUACGUGUCCCUGCUCCAUGCCAAUAUGCUCACAAACUAGCAUACUUGGUUGGGCAGAAUUUGCACAAAGAGACGCACAAAGAUUUAGCUGACAGGCUAUUUUACUUGUAAGCACUUUUUUGCUGCAAGUUUUGAAAUGUCAUUUUUUUAAACAUUUUAAAGUGAAAGACGGAUAGUAUUCCUAAACUUAUGUUCAUAUGUAACAUUUCAUUUCAGUUCAUUUUGUUUUUAUUUUUGGGACCAUCACAAUUUCUCUUAAAAAUAUUCCUUAUUGGAAAAUAAAUUAAAUUAUUAAAUGUUAAACAAUAGUUUUCAAAUCUCUUUAUAUGUUUUAAAUUCUGAUUGAAAUCACUUCAGAGAGGGGAGUGAUAAUGUUUUAAACUCAUCUCCAUCCAUUAGUUUGACACUUAAAAUUAAAUUGACGUAUUUUUUUCGUUGAUUUACUAUGGAUAAUAGUUGAAUGCAAUUAUUUGUAUCUUAAGACUGAUAUAAAAACAAUUUUCUCUUCAUAUGCUUAUCCAUUAUGCUAGAAUUUAUGCAUGUUUUAUUUAUUUAUUUUUUUGAGUGGAGAAAAAGUUAUUGUCAAAACUGGAAUCACAUUCUAAUUGUUUGGGAGAAUUGUGAAAUGUGGUGUUGAAUGGGCAAGGGAAGAACUGUUAUAUUGCUUUCAUUUUUUUGAUAUGUUUAUGAAGUUGAAAUGUAUGACUCAAGCUUUGUUAACUGAUUUUAAUAAUACUGAGCAAGUAGUUCUUUCAAUCUGUAAUAGCUAAUUCUGUUUUAAGAAGUGUAAUAAAUGGCAGUUGACUUUG